GAGAUUCGAGAAGUUCGAGAAAACCAGCCCCGGCUGCCCCUUUGCUCGCUGCACCCGCACCGCGCACCGCAAUCUUUAUUGCGAGGCCCUGUCCUGGCUGCCACAGCUUGACGAAGGAGCUUGUCCUCAGGUCACAAGCGAUGACUUCGUCGGUUUCGGACGGCGCCGGCUGCGAGUCGCCGGCACCGCCUGCCUUCUCGCCUCUCACAGACCCUGCACCGGACCCGGACCCGGAACCGGGCAACCGCGAACCGUCGGUCGGCGUGCCCAUCACCAGCGAGACGCCAGCAGGAGACGAUGCCGUUCCCGCCCGGCACGAUGGCGAUCCUGCACCUUCCAAUGCGCCCGACGCGGGAGCCGACCCCGCCACUGCCCGACCAAACGGCGACUCGGACCAGCAACAACCCCCGCCGCCCGCACCCGCCCAAGAAGACCCUCUCCCCCCUCAGCCGGCGACCCCGGCACCGCAAACGCGCCAGGCCGCCGCCGUACCCGACGCCAUGGACCUCGACGUGCCCGUGGAUGCCCCCAUGAGUUACGCAACCAGCCCCGGCCUCGAUCUCUACUCGCCCUACACCCCGCAGCAGUCCCAGCUGCUCAUGGCCCUCGCCCGCCUGUCGGCCGCCUCCCAGUCACAGAUGCUCACGCUUCCUCCCUCCACCGUGCGCCCCUCCCAGGUCUCCCUGCCGCCAAACGCGGCUCUCGACACCCCGGACGGCUUUGCCCCCGAGACCCCGAACGCCGCCAACGCCGCCCCGCCGGCCGAUGCCCCGCUCGAGUCGUUCGCCAGGAUCGAGUUCGCCGACAGCGUCUUCCAGAUGACCACGUACGCCGUCAUCAUCGGCCGCGACCAGCGUGCCUUGGACCAGGCGAGGAGGGACGAGCGCCGGCUCGAGGAGUACCAGCGCAAAGUGCGCGAGCACGAGGAGCGCGGCCUGCCCGCUCCCUCGCCCCCGACGCAGGACCGCGGCAAGUUCAGCAAAUCGUACGUCAGCGAGGAAGGCGGCAUGCUGGGCCCGGAGUCGGACGGCGACGAGAACCCCCGUCCCGUUAAGAGGAGGAAGACGAGCGGCGGCGCAGGGUCGGCCGUGGGCGAUUCCCACCCCGCAGAGCCCGCCGCCGGCGAACUGGCCGGCUCCGAAGAUAAGAACCCGACGCUCAACAGGCAAUAUGUCUCGCACACGCCAGGGGCGGCGGCUGUCAACCUCAGCGCUCUCCGGCCGUCCCCCCACUAUGUGCCCUUCAUCGGCAUCCACUCGCCGGGGCCGAACAUCGCCAGCCGGACCAAGGCCAUCUCGAGGGAGCAUCUCAAGAUCCAGUUCAACCAGAAAGCCGGCGUCUUCGAGGCCAUCCCGCUCCACAAGAACGGCUUCUUCUGCGAGGAUGUGCAUUACAGGGACGAGAAGGUCGUCCUGAAGAGCGGCGACCGCUUGCAGAUCAAAGACGUCGACUUUGUCUUCAUCAUCAACGGCGUCCCCCACGGCAAGACGGGCGCCGAGGAGAAUCUGGAGGAGGAGGGCGGGUCUAACAGCAGACGCUAUUCGGAAGGGGGCAAGGAGAUGAGCUUCGACUUUGAGAGCUCGCACGAUCCCGAGCGCCGGAGCACGAGCCCCGAGGAAGUCCCGGCCGCGCCUGCAAAAGAGGACAGCGACAGCGAGCUCUCGGAGCCGCCGGCCGAGGACGUGCCAGAGCCCGGACCGGAGAAAGCGCCGGAGCAAGAGGUCAUGGAGACCAUCGAAAAGGACCCAGAGACGCCGGCCCCCAACAUCAAACCAGAGAUGUCGCUCGAGCUGCUCGCCAGCUUGGACCCCCCGAUACCCAAGAAGCGCGGGCCCGGCCGCCCGCCCAAGAACGGCAUCAUGUCCAAGAGGGAGGAAAGGCUGCGGAAGAAGGCGGCCAUGGAGCUUGCCAAGAAGAACAUGCCACAGCCCCCGCCGGGCGACCCGCCUGUCAAGCGGAAGGUCGGCCGACCGCGCAAACACCCGCUCCCCGAAAACGCCCCGGACAGGCCGGAGAAGCGCAAGUACAAGCCCCGGAAGUCCAAGAACGGCGAAGAGGGCGAAGGCUCCGACGUCGAGAAGAGCGUCAAGGAGAGGCGGCGGGAGAAGCCCAAGACGCCGCCCCUGGAGCUCAACAGGGAGGACUACACCGAGGAGCAGCUGCAGAAGCCGCCCAAGAACUACGGCAUGUUGAUCGACGAAGUGUUGAGCGCCGCGCCUGACGGCCUGACGCUGAAGCAGAUCUACAAGCGGAUCCAGAUGAAGUACCCUUUCUAUUACUUCACCGUCGACACCAAGGGUUGGGAGAGCAGCGUCCGUCACAACCUCAUCGGCAACGACGCCUUCAGGAAGAACGAGGAGACCCACCUCUGGAGCCGCGUGCCGGGGAUCGAUAUCGAUGCCGGCAAGAAGCGCACCAAGGCGACCUCGCCAGAUCAUCAUCACUCCACAAACAUGCACACCUUUGGCCAGCACUACAAUGCCAACUCGGCCGCCCAGGGACAGCAACAAAUGUUCCAGGCCGAAACGGGAAUGCAACAACAGGGUUAUCGCGCGGCGGCCGCCGCCUCCCCUCAGCGUCCCGGAUACGCGCCGGGCAACGGCCAGGGCUCCAUGGGUCAGCAACACGCACAACCGCAGCCCGGCGCGCAGGCCGUCGGCGCUGCCGCCCGACAAGGUCCGCGGCAGCCCUACUCGGUUCCUGGCCAGGUGCAGGGCACUGCUGCACCCACGGCCGCCGGCCCUGGGAACCAGGCCACCACCGCGCAGCAGCCCCAAGGAAACGCGCAGACCAUGGCGUAUUCUUCUCCUUAUGCCGCGAGACCACCUCCCGCUGCGCCCGCCCAGCCUGGCGCUCCGCCCCAGGGGGCCGCAAGGCAAGGUCCUCCGCCCGGUCAGUCGGCGAGACCCUACAACGGCUUGCCCCGGACCACCACAGCUCCGUACGCGCAGAACCCGCCAGCCGGGACGCGGCCAGCGCAGCCUGCUACUAUGAACGCGAACUCGGCCCCGCUCAAACCGGCGGUCGCGCCUGAGCUGGUCAGGCACAUCACCAACUUCAAGACGACGGUCACGGAGCAGCUGAAGAAGCGAACGCCAGCUGCCGAGGCCAUCGCCAUGUCCGUCAUCAACCGCGGCCUCGGGCUGGCGACAGAGAGCACGAUUCCUGAGGAGGAGGGACUGGAAAAGAUCGUGCUCGGCGUCUUCGAGUCCAGCCGGCAGAAUCUAGGGGUCAACCAGUCUCUGCACCCUGGUCUGGUACAAGCUCUCAAUAACUUCAAAGGGAACAUGAUCAAGACGCUGGAACCAAAGAUGGGCAAGUUGAAUGCGGAGCGCCUGAUCUUGUCAGCAAUCGACCGCGUCCUGGGAUUUGCCGACCGGAGCACGAUGCCGGGUCCCGAUACGGAGAAGAAGCAGUACGACGAGGCAGAAAACGUCCUUAUCGUGGCCAUCCAGCGGGUAGUGACCGAGCAUCAACGGACUCAGGCCGCCGUAGCCUCUGCCUCGGCCCCUCAGCCUGCAUCGAGGCCGGGCCCGUCGCCUGCCCCGACGGCGCCGGGCUCUACGCAGACUUCGGUAAAAGGACAUGCAUCAGCAGCUCCCAACCCUGCCGUUUCGGGCCAAUAUUCCGCCACGGCACCUCAAGGUCAGGGCGCGAAACCAAACACCCCGCUGCCUGCCUAUCCGGCUCCAGGACCAGCUCGCCCGUCCGCUCCGGCACCCUCAGCGCCAGCGAAUAGUAAGCCCACCGUGACAAGCGCGCCGCCGCCCACGCAGCAGGUCCCUCGUCCCGCUACAGCGUCAGCCUCUGCCCCCCAGGCCUCAGCCACUCCUCCUCCAACCCAAAUUCAGUCCCAGGCCGCCCAAUCUUCGGGUUCUCUCCAGGGUCCGGUUCCUGCUCCAGGCCAACAUCCAGCCCCAGGCACGACCGCCCCCGGGAGCCAAGUCGCCAGGCCGCCUCAGCAUCCUGCUCCUGCUGGAGUAGCAGCGCCCCUCCCUGCUCACGUGUCCGGCCCAGGUCCAUCGCAGCCCCAAUCACCGGCCCAUGCCUUGGCGCAAGCUCAAGCCCAGGCCGCCGCCCAGAACGCGCAGGCCCAGAGGCCCACUCACGUACCGGGUUCCGGUGCAGCUCCUGCGCCAACUGCAGGUCAGGGUCCCGAUCAACCGGCCCCACAGACAGCCCAUGUCAGCUCAGCGGUGCCAAAUACAGCAGCUUUCGCUUCUUCUCCGGCUCUGUCCCAGCAGCAGACACAGCAGGCACCUCCGGUCAAGCCACAGGCUCCGGCUCCGGCUCCGGCCACGACGCCAGCUGCCCAUCAACCCGGUCAUGACGCUCCGAGACUGCCCAGCGUGGGUUCUACUCCAGUUAACGGCCCUGCUCCGGUCCCAACUACGACUGCGCCUCCCGCAUCUACCGCAGUCCAAGCGCAAAUGGAGACUUCGCCCGCUGCGCCGAGCCCAAAGCCUACCGAGCCUGUUACGGCCGCGGCUGCGGUUACGGCUCAGGAGAAGGUGCCUCAUGCCGUGAACCCGCCAUUGCAAGCGCCGGCUCAAGGGUCCUCUCAGCCUGCCGCGGCAGCGUCACCGCACCCGACGACGAAGCAAGGGGUACAGCCAGCUACCUCGUCGGCUACAUCGCAGACAUUAAGCCAAUCGCCCACCCCUACUCCCGGUUCUUCACCCUCUGCUACUACAGUAACUUCGAAUCAAGGAGGGUCCCAAGCUGCCCCCAAGGCACAAGCUCCAACCCCUGUGCCCGCCGCUCAAUCUCAAACCCCAGCUCCUGCCGCGUCCACGACCAACGAGGCUGUGGCCACUACAAGUAGCAGUACCAGUAUUACCAGUCCUACCACCACAACGACGACGACCACCACCACUACUACUACCACCACCAAUCCGCCACCAGUAACUGCCCCGCCGCCGACGCCACCUGCGGCAGCGGUUCCGGCUGCUCGAUAAGAUGAACAUGACCGGGUCGAGGGGGGGUUUUGCAGAUGUUUUUUGUGAGAGAAAACCAGGCGUAACGACGGAAUGCCACGAGUUCAGUGGCUGUUGCUGCAUUCGCCUCUUUGCGCUCCAAGACACACGGAGACGCGGAGAGAAGUAGCGAUGAAACGGAAAUGCUAGCUUCAUGUCCCAUGAGAGAGAGAAGAGAGAGAGAGAGAGAGAGAGAUACCAUGAUUAGCUUUGAUCAAGGUCCAGAUAGCGCUUAGUUGCGGCGACCGGCUGACCCAGUGAGAUUAUCAAUGUCAAACUAUCACUUUGCGCCUGCCUUGGCCGGCUGAACGAGGUGUGAUAUAUGAACUGAGGGUUUCCCGUUUGUAGUAGUAUAUAUAUGGAGCGGAAUGACUACUCGAGUGGCUGAU